AUGGGUCGCGUCCGUACUAAGACCGUUAAGCGGUCCGCCAAGGUCAUCAUUGAGCGUUACUACCCCAAGCUCACCCUGGACUUCGAGACCAACAAGCGCAUUUGCGAUGAGAUUGCCAUCAUUGCCUCCAAGCGUCUGCGCAACAAGAUCGCCGGUUACACCACUCACCUGAUGAAGCGUAUCCAGCGUGGUCCCGUCCGCGGUAUCUCCUUCAAGCUUCAGGAGGAGGAGCGUGAGCGCAAGGAUCAGUUCGUCCCCGAGGUCUCUGCUCUGGAUGUCUCCCAGACCGAGUCCGGCCAGCUCGAUGUUGAUGCCGAUACCAAGGACCUGCUCAAGAACCUGGGCUUCGACAACCUCAAGGUCAACCUUGUCACCGUCUCCCAGCAGCAGGUUGCUGAGCGCCCCCGCCGCUUCGGUCCCCGCUAA